AUGGCUCUCUCUGCCACCUCAGCAACAGCCUUUCCUACUUUAACCUCUCUCUCCCCCUUUUUCUCAGCUCCCGCCUCCACCGCUGCUGCCUUCGCCGCCAACAAGAGAAACUGGGCUGAUGGCGCCCUUGCCCACCGUCAUCAGAAGAACGGCCCGUCCAGCUACUUCGCCAACCACCGCACCGGCAACCGUAUCGAGGAGAAUGACUUCAAGGCCUUAUUCUUGGAUGAUUCCGGAUACGUGAAGGGAGUUUUAGACGAUAAAAAGAUAGUCGUAGCCCCUACAACUAUCACUGAGGACGCCAAGGACAAGAAGAAACGUGGUGUUGUCGUGGAAAACGCCUCGGACACCAACUGUAUUGAUAAAUUUAAGAUUUUCCAUGAAACGCAAGAAAUCGGCUGGACCGUUUGGUACGCGAGGUAUAGCGGCCUAGAUGAUAUGUCAGAAUCCAAACUUUUCGCCGCCAUCGCAAACAUCGAAAAGGCCGUGGCCCUCGGCAUUACUUACGACGCCAGCCACAACCCAUACAUCACGUGCAUUAACAAGAGCGAGAUCCUCAAACUGGCUGCGAGGAUCGCGAGGAUCGUGGACAUCAGCGACCUGGAAGAGACUCCGCGCGAAAAGGUUCUCUACGCUGUCAGCAAGAUCCGCAGGCUUGUGGACCCCGAGGACCCUAAGCCCCGGUCAACAGUUGAGGGCACCAAGCUCCUCGAUAAGGAAGCUGUCGAUGUCAUCAAGGGCGCACACUUCAGUGGCUCCAAACAGAGAAUCGACCCCCGCCCUGUUGAGGAUUUCGAGGCCUUGGCCACUACUAUACAGACCGUUAACACUCCUACAAAGACUGCUGGGUCUACCGUCACAACCUCCCAAGCUGCUGAGUAUGAGGAGGUUGACGAGAACUAA